UGGGGAGGGUGAGGGUCUCCCCAGUGCCGUGGCAGUGCCGGCACUUCCUGGUGAGGCCUGGGCACUGCUCAGGGGCUCCCCACUGCUGCCCUUCGGAGCUGCUCCACGGCCAGGAGCAGGGUCGGGAGGCAUCGGGGCUGCGCUGGGGGACUCUUGCUGACAGGCAGAGCAGGGGCACGUCAGAGAGGAGGUUUGGGUGAGGAGCUGCAAAGAGCAGCCCUUUUUUCUGAGCUGAGAGCAAGCGGCAAGCGCCAUGGAGGGCUGCUGCACCGUGGCCGUCAGCUUGGAGCUGAGCAGCUUGUUCCCCUCCCUCCUGUGUCUCUCCACCAAGGAGGUUGUGACUAUCUGGGAUGCUGUGUCUGCGUACAUCCUGGGACAGCUGAAGCUGGACAAGGGCGUCCUGCUCCCAGGACUCGGGACCUUCACUAUGGUCCAAGAGCGAUUCCAGGGUGAAGAAGAGGUGUUUAUGGCUCGAAGACCAGUCUUCCAGCUGAACAUGGACAAGGCGUGUCUGCAGGAGCUCACGUUCCCCACAGGGGUUAUCCCUGAGGAUGUCGAGAUCAAGCCGCUGAACUACAGACGGUGUCCUGUGCAUGCGGUUUUAUUACGACUACGUCACAGGGCUGGAGAGCAAGGCCAGCCGCAUGGCACUGCUUCACACUAGGCUGUGGGUGCGAUGUGCAGUGGUCUCCGGUGGAGCGGCCACCACUUGGGGGAUGCAGGCUGCUCCUGACCGCAUGUUCCCAAGGUGAGUGCGGUUCCUCUGCAGCCCUCGACUGACUGAGCAGGCGGCUUCCCAGCUCCUGCUCAGGAGCGCAUGUUGUUGGGGCUC